AUGAGACUUGGCUCGCUUAGCGCAGAAUUGGACGCCAUCACAAGAGAGUUUGACUACGGUAUUGUACCUGGGUCGGCUACUGUUUUUGUCAGGGAUGAAGUGAAUGGAAUCGGGCGUCUUGACCUUACACUAUUGGAAGGUGUGAUGAUUGUAUUAGAAGUUACUGAUCAAGGAUACAAGGUUACAUCCUGCUCUCCCCUUUGUAAUGUAGACCCUGCACUGUCCACCGCGCAUACUGUUCAAGCACACCUUGAAGCACCCUUUGAAAGCAUGGAAAAUCUGCUGAUGACCAUAUCACCCAUGUUUCGAGAUAGAUUCCAGCAGGAGCUUUACAACAAACUGCAAAGCGUUCAGCAGCAACAGCAACAGCAACAGCAACAACAAACUUCUCAACCUAACUUGAUACACAUGGAUCAAGCAUCAUUAUCAUUAGAACAACCUGCACCUUUACAAUCUGUAUUUACCUCCCAACCUAUUCACAGCUCUACAUCAACUAAUACCUCCACGGCAGCAGCAUCAGCGCACACUCCAGAUGUCAACACUAAUAACACUGCCACUCCCAAUGAUUUAAACACAUUUGACGAAUUAAACAACUGGAUAAAUCAAUAA